GCACAGCGCUCGCCGGUGCACUGUGUCCCUCGGACACAGUGGAUCACGGAAAGAGCCGCAGAUGUUGGCUCGGUCAUGUGAUCAGCUGUGUCCAAUCACAACUGAUCACAUGGCACUGAUGAUCAGUGUGCCCUGAUGAUCAGUGUGGCCCCAGAAGUGCCACCUGUCAGUUCUCAUCAGUGCCACGUGCCAGUGCCCAUCAGUGCCACAUCAAUGCCAUAUAUCAGUGCAUACCAGUGCACAUCAAUGCCACAUAUCAGUGCCCAUCUCAGCUGCAUUUCAAUGUCACCCAUCAGUGCCAGUCAGUGCCACCUAUCAAUGCCAAUCAGUGCCACCUAUCAGUGCUGCCAAUCAGUGCCACCUAUCAGUGCCAGUCAGUGUCGCCUAUCAGUGCGCAUCAGC